AUGGGCACGAAAGCCAGCGACUCCUUGAGUCUUGGGAAAGAUCCAAAAUUCUUGUGUGGUGUCGCUGUCAGCGUUUACCAGAACUCAGGGGACCCGAAUGCCCAGUGGGCGUACUUUCAGGAACAGAAGCAGGUCCAUGUCAACCUGCGGCUGCGUCUGUCUGCUGGGAACAUGACAGAGUGGAAUGAGCCUGGCACAUUUGAUGGCACGAUUGUGGAGGCCAAAUGGCCCAAGCUGGGCCCCUCAAAGAUCGUGAAGAACACGCGCAUAGGGGAGGCCAGCGAUUUCUGGAACCGCUAUGAACAGGACAUCCAGCUCGCAAAGGACCUAGGAUGCAAUUCAUUCCGCUUGUCACUGGAGUGGAGCCGGCUAUUCCCUCGCAGAGGAGAGCUGAAUCAGGAGGCAGUCGACCGAUACAAUGCCAUCUUUGACACCCUGGAGAGGAAUGGAAUGGAGCCGCAUGUGACUUUCAUCUGGUUCGUGCACCCCCAGUGGUUCCAAGAGCUGGGGGCCUUCGCAAAGGUGGAAAACAUUCCCAUCUUUGUGGACUGGUGUGAAACCGCCUUCAAGCUAUUCGGGAAAAGGAGCAAGCUCUGGACGACAUUCAAUGAGCCUGGAGUUGCAGCCAUGUGUGGCCACAUUCUUGGCAACCACCCUCCAGGCAAGAUCCUGCACUUCAGGGAGGCUGGCAUGUACCUGCGCAAUGAGCUCAGAGCCCACGCUGCUGUGUACAAGGCCAUCAAGGCGCUCCCAGGUGGCAAGGAGGUGGCAGUGGGCAUCUGCCACAAUGUCUUCUGGACUGAGCCAAAGAGGGGUGGCCCUCUGUAUGCCCACGUGCGGGCUGCGGUAGGCAUUGGCAACCGUGUUUGGGGCAAUGAGACAGUGAUGACAUUCCUGAAGACGGGCAUCUUCAACUACUGGGUGCCUCUCGGCGGGGUCAUCCACUGGGAGGAGCCGGAUGGCAAGCCUGGCUGUGACUUCAUGGGCGUCAAUCACUAUGCUCGGGGCGUGGUGGGCUUCUUCCUGAACCCCACCAACAAGGGCCCCAAGGGCAUCGCCGACAUGGGAUACCCGGUGUAUCCGCCGUCGCUGUACCGCGCGGUGUCGUACGCGUCGACGCUGGGCGUGCCAGUGUAUAUCCUGGAGAACGGCAUGCCCUGCGCCCAGGACGAUGACCGCCGCAAGGACUGGAUCGACGGCUGCCUCGCCGAGGUGGAGAAGCUGAUCGAUGACGGCUACGAUGUGCGCGGCUACUUCUACUGGACCCUCAUCGACAAUUUUGAGUGGAAUUUUGCGUGGGACCUGAAGUUUGGCCUCUACGAAUGGAACCCGGACGGCACCCAGCGCCGCACACUGCGAAAUGGCGCCAAGACCAUAAAGACGUGGUACAAGCUGAUGCCGGACGCGCUGGGCAAGAAGCUGGCCAAGCGGCACGGCCGCGGCGGUGCCAUGGACGAGGAGGCACGGCAGGAGCGUGAGCAGCAGACCGAGGAGGAGUACCUGCGCAAGGAGGGCUUCACUGAAGAGGAGGUGGAGGAAUUCGUGGCCCAGGACGACAACCCCAUCGUCACCGGCGUCUACUGA